AUGUCGCAAGAUCAGGCGGAGCAGAAUAUCCAGAUGUGGAAGGUCAAGAAGCUCAUCAAGAGCCUUGACGCGGCCAGAGGUGCUGGCACAUCUAUGAUCAGUCUUAUCAUCCCACCAAAGGAUCAAAUCUCGCGUGCAUCAGCCAUGUUAACGCAGGAAUACGGUACCGCAUCCAACAUCAAAUCUCGUGUCAACCGAUUGUCCGUACUUGCGGCGAUCACAAGUACGCAGCAGCGUCUCAAGCUCUACAACCGCGUACCACCAAACGGCCUCGUUCUCUUCGUCGGCACAAUUCUCACGGAUGAAGGCAAGGAGAAGAAGGUUUCCUUUGACUUCGAGCCGCACAAGCCGAUUAACACAUCACUGUAUCUUUGCGACAACAAAUUCCACACGGAAGCACUUUCCGAGUUGCUCGAGUCGGACUCCCGCUUCGGCUUCAUCGUCAUGGACGGUAACGGUACCUUGUUCGGCACCCUCGCUGGCAACACGCGCGAAGUCAUCCACAAGUUUACCGUCGACUUGCCGAAGAAGCACGGCCGUGGUGGUCAGUCCGCGCUGCGUUUCUCUCGUCUGCGUGACGAGAAGCGCCACAACUACAUUCGCAAAGUCGCCGAGCUUGCCGUCCAGCACUUCAUCACGAACGAUAAGGUCAAUGUCACGGGUCUCGUACUCGCCGGUUCGGCCGACUUUAAGACGGAGCUGAGCCAGAGUGAUAUGUUUGAUGGGCGAUUGGCGGCGAAGGUCAUCAAGGUCGUUGACGUCAGCUAUGGUGGCGAGAACGGUUUCAACCAGGCUAUCGAGCUUGCCUCUGAGUCGCUUGCGAAUGUCAAGUUCGUCCAGGAGAAGAAGCUUAUCCAGAAGUACUUCGACGAGAUCAGCCAGGACUCUGGGAAGUACUGCUACGGUAUCGAGGAUACACUCAAGGCAUUGGAACUCGGCGCUGUCGAGACGCUGAUCGUCUGGGAGAACCUCGAUAUCACGCGCUACGUCCUUCGUAACGGCGCGGGCGAGGAGAUCAUCGUCUUCGCCAACAAGGAGCAGGAGAAGGACCGCGAAAAGUUCAUGGACAAGUCCACCGGUCUCGAGAUGGAGCAGGCGCAAGAACCUCAAUCGCUCCUGGAGUGGUUCGCGGACAAGUACAAGGAGUUCGGCGCCAACCUCGAGUUCGUCACGAAUCGCUCGCAAGAGGGAGCACAGUUCGUCAAGGGCUUCGGUGGUAUCGGUGGUCUGCUCCGGUACAAGGUCGACUUCUCAAACUUGACGAGCGUCGAUGAAGAGGAAGACGAGUUCUUCUCGGAUGACGAGGACCUCUGA